GGAUGCAGGCCAAAUCCAACAUGACAGCAAUGAAGGGCCAGCUUGGAUUGCGGAGCAGUGCGCUGGCCCCGACCUCGGCCAAACUGACUACUCAGUACCUUGUGCUGGACCACAUGAAUAACCAUUACAGCAAAAUUGUCAAUGCCAGAUCUGCCAUAGAUAACAGACCACCAAAGGUGUUGGCAACCAGUCAGAAAGCUCGUGACAGGAAGACUCGAGACUAUGUGAAGAAGACUGGUGUACGUCCUGGCUCCAGCAUGAACGUCCGUCCCACUUCCAGAAAUGUUUAUUACGACGACAUGGACGGAAUGGAUGACCAGGCAGCACUGAAUGACUUUGAUCCUGAAGAUGAUGAUGAUCGUUUAGUUUUGGACAUUAUGAAGACAACUUUAAAAUCCAACAGGCAAGACAGGGUAGAAAGUACUGAGGCAACAUACGGCGGUUCACUAUCCUAUGAUGCCAAUAAUGGACAAAGUCAAGGUCAAGGUCAAAACUACUACAGUGAAGGUCGAAGCUAUCAGCAGCCAGACCCCCAAGGUUACCUUUACCAGGCCUAUUCCCAUCAGCAAGUCAAUAGAUCUGGCUAUCCCAAGAGGCCCUCAUCUGCUAGAUCCGUACGAUCAGCUGCUAGUGGGGUGUCAAGGUCAGCAUUGGCUCAGGGGGCAGCACACAACAGAAAGGUUGAGGAUGGCGACAUACUUGCCACGAGGAAACAUGUAUUUACUGAACCCGAGAAACCAUUCACACCGAGAACUCUGAAGUCAACGAGAACAUCCAAGCUCAGUCAAACAAAAUUUUACACCGCUCCGCCGCAGAAGAGGAAGGACCAAACGGAGGAGAAACACAGUGACAAACAUUUAGCCGAAAGUGUCCAGAAACCAAAGCCUAAACCAAGAAGGGCAAGGUCACCGCUCAAUAGGACAGAAACUCCAUUAACCGAUACCACUCUGAUGUACGAGACUUUACAGAGUAGGGAUUUCACCAAGUAUAACAAAGAUAAGAUGGUUCCCACGCUGGACAUCUCCAUGGACAAGGACCAUCUUAACUGGAUCAAAGAACAGGCUUCCAAAGCGGAGGUCCGCGCCAAAAGUUCCACGCUCAAGGCCAACAUGGAACGAAUCAAGGAGAAAGAUAUGCUGGACACGACCGAUAUGGGUCAAACAGGAGAACUGUCCACAGGUACUCUGGGCCGAACCACAAG